AUGGCAACCUUCAAUGCCGACUCCAACACUUGGUACCACAUCACAGAAUCUGGUGUUGGUUUCUCUGGCUCCCUAGGCAGCGCCAGUGCUUCUGACAGCGGCGCAGCAGCAGUCUUCAUCCACGCCUUCAAUGCGUCUGAUCCUGGGGAUUCAUGGCAGAUCCUUCCCAUCUCUAACACAACGUUCGCAUUUCGCAGCAAGCUGGGAACGGCGCGACACCAAUUGGAUGUCAAUCUCAAUCCGAUGGAGUCAGACGAGAGCCGCACGCAGCCCAGACUGGCCCCCACAGAUCUGCUCUCUAAGUCACAGCAGUGGACUAUUCAACCAUGGACGGAUGGUGAGUCGUGGAAGCUACAGAAUCUAGCAAACGGAACGUCAUACAAUCUAGAUGUACAUUCUGGGAUUGGAGAGCCCCUUUUCAUGUCAGGCACGACGGAAGAGUUGCCUAAGCGUGAAGGGCAGCACUGGAUGUUUUCGAGCAAGAGUGCGAUUAAUGAUAGAGCUUUCUCUACAAGCGAAGGAGUGCUUUCUCCAACAUCUGUUGUCAAAAUUAGUUCUAGCAUGGGGUUUAGCUCAACUUCUACCAUGACAUCCGCUUUUGCUAUGCCAACCCAGUCCCUGCAAGCGUCCCCGGACCAACAAGCAGUCUCCAAAUCGCCGUCUCUUGGGGUUUUUGUCGGGGUGCCCGUCGGCGUGAGUGCUGUCCUGAUCCUCCUGGCAGUGUUUCUUCUAUACUGGUGGAGGAAGCGCCGAACCAGGAAAGCAUCAUCUCAAAACAAGCCUGCCAAUCCGGGGCGGGGUGAGGCCAUGCCUACAUGGCCUAAACCAGAGCUUGAUGGAAAGCCCGUGCCCGACGCUGGUUGGUUGGCGCGUGCACGAUAUUCAGAUGGAGCAGGUGCCUAG